CUCUUGUCCAAUUUCAGCAAGCGAGGCGUCUCGGAAGCAUUUACAAUACGGCGUUUAAGAAUUCAGAACUGGCCUUUCGAGCGUCCAAUGGACAACGCAAGUUUGAUGAUUUACGAUACCCAUUGGGAUUCAAGGAACGAACCCACUCAGUCUUAUAUCCUUCGAGGGAGUUAUGUUUGGUUUGGAAUAUUGCGCGCAUUGCGCUUGGGUUGGUUUUAUAAUGGAGCACGGGAGUCGUCUAUGUCUUGA